AUGAGUUGCCUGAGUUUGCCUGGCGGCAGACGAUGUCGGGCGAGCCUCGCGAAGCGGAUGGCCCUGUUUGAGGCCAUCGGCUUGGCGCUGCGAGCCCCCAGUCCGGAAGUGAGCAUUUGGUGCAGAAGGCCUCUGACCACGAAGGCCUCGAAGGUUGCAGGGACGGCGACGCAAGACCGGCGCGACAUGCGCUUCUUGCUCUCAGAGAGCAACUGCCCCUUUCCCAUGGAACCUGGUCAGAAAGAAGGCUUUCUCUGCAGCGUGGUUCCUUGCGCAUGGUGCAAGCAAGGUGUUGCCAUUUGGAGCGCCAUGAGGUAG